CGCGAUGUUUUCGAUCUUUUUCACGACCCAACUGGCAAUAUACUACUACAGAUAAAUCCAUAUAUACGUAUGACUCCGGUUCAGUUUCAUUCGAACGAAGCCAGUGCCCUGAUCCAACACAACCUUCCCUUCGUCCUUUUCUUCGAUGCGCGAGGAGAAAUGGAGAACGGGAGUGGGUGGUGGGGGUAGUUGGAGUCGGCCAAUCAGCGUGAUCAUAGCGGUGGCCGGCGAGGCACGAGUUCCUUCGAGUUCGUUCGCUCGUUCGCGCUAGUUCGCGCUAGUUCGUUCGUCGUCGACUGCGUGAUACCUGUCGUUCCUCCUUCUUCUUCUUCUUCUUCUCUUCUUCUUCUCCUCCUCCUCCUCCUCCUCUCCCUCCUCAUUCUUCUACCUUCUUUUAUUCUACACUUCUCUUCCUCCUCUUCCUUCUUAUUCGCGAGUUCUACCAAAGGGAUUUAUCUUUGCAGAAGGACGAGAGAACGAUAGCGCUCCGCAGACGCGCUCCGCCACCUGACUGACAUGUCACGCUGUCUUAUUUUUCCUUUUAUUCUUUCUUAUUCUUUUUAUUCUUUUCUUUCUUAUUCUUAUUCUACUUCACUUCCUCUUCUUUUUCAUUCUCGUAUCAUUCGUCGUCGUCGUCGUUCUCCAUCGUGAGUGUGACAAUAAUAAGUUCGUACUAAAAAAGAUACUUUACAUUCCUCCUAUUGGUUACUUUUUUAUCUUGACUAUUUCAUUGUUCUAUCUUUAUUUAUUUAACUUUAUUUCUAUUCGUUGAAUAUCGGAUGAUAACGCAUUAAUUAUAUCCGUGAUAUUUAUUUCGCUAUAAUUGGUUAAUAAAGUUCGUGCAAAGAAGAUAAUAAAAUACGAAUCAGAGCGCGUGUUUUUUUGAGAAGAAAAUACUCAACGAUGAUUGGUUGUUACUACUGCUGCUACCGCUCCUUUUACUUCGUUCAAGGAUCACAAUUUUCUUCCCUGGAUCUUUCCUCUGAUUUUGGUGAUCGAGGAUGCACGAAGCCGGAAAGCGGAUGAAGGAGUAACCCGAGAGGUGAGGUGAGAGAAGAGAAGAAAAGAGAAGAGGAGAGGAAGUAUUCGUGUGUUAAAAAGGGGAAGAAAUAUAGUGAGAAAAGUGCAAUAGACGCUAUGGUGGUGGAGUGGUUGUGUCCUGGACUUAGGCCCACCGGAAGCCGUAGGCCUAGGCUUCUCCAUUGCAAAGUGAUUCUUCUCGACGAGCAUGAAUUAUUACAGGACGUAUUGAGCUCCAACCUUGGCCAGGAAUUACUGGACAGAGUAUUCAGGCAUUUGAAUCUCUUAGAAACCGCUUACUUUGGUCUACGUUAUUUGGAUCAUGAAAAUCAAACGCAAUGGCUGGAUCCCAGCAAGAAGAUUGGCAAACAAUUGAAAAUCCAAAAAGGUGAUCCAACCUCGGACGUACAUACGUUGUACUUUGGCGUUAAAUUUUAUGCAGCUGAUCCCUGCAAACUCAUCGAGGAAAUAACAAGGUACCAAUUCUUUUUGCAAGUUAAACAAGACAUUUUGCAAGGAAGAUUACCCGUGUCAUUCGAUUUGGCAGCAGAAUUAGGAGCAUACGUCGUACAAUCUGAAUUAGGUGAUUACGAUCCAAGAAGACAUUCUUUAGGCUACGUUACGGAAUUUCGAUUUCUCGCUAAUCAAACAGCCGAAUUGGAAAAUCGAAUAGUUGAACUUCACAAGACACUCGUAGGACAAUUGCCAGCAGCUGCAGAACUGAAUUAUCUCGAUAAAGUAAAGUGGCUCGAGAUGUACGGAGUUGAUUUACAUCCAGUAUUGGGUGAGGAUAGCGUUGAGUAUUUUCUGGGCCUGACGCCGAGCGGUAUAAUACUCUUGCGCAACAAGACCAAAGUGGGCAAUUACUACUGGCCCAGAAUCAAUAAAAUCUAUUACAAAGGUAGAUAUUUUAUGUUGAGGGUCAGCGAAAAGAAUUCCGAAGAGAGGACGCACGGUUUUAAAACACCAUCGAAAGGAGCUUGUCGACAUCUUUGGAAAUGUUGUUUGGAACAUCAAGCAUUUUUCCGAUUAAUGGCAACCGGUCCACCACCGCUUAGUCCAUAUUCGCGUUUUCGUUCGUACAGUCCACCAAGUGGUACCGAAAAGCAUGCCACUUCGAUAAGAAGAAAUCCAGCACCUGCAUUUCAAAGGACACCUAGUCGAAGAGCUCAAAGACGAGUCGUUGAAGGUCAAGAAAUGGUUGGACCAUUCGUCGAAGGUCCAGCCACAACGAUCGGUGGUCCUAAUUCUUGCAAUAAUCCACCUGGUAAUGGUGGUAAUGUUCUGUGCAAUGCUCAAAGUAACAGACAAGUUAAUAGUAGCUCUAGUCCGAGAAGUAUCAGAAGUGCUCCAUGGACUCAGAGUCAACCUCGUGGACUUUACACUUCGUCUAGUCCUCGAUCCGUUCGUUCAGCAGGAACAGCACCGGCGCUCUUGAGCAGACUCCAACGAAGGAGCAGCUCCGUUGAGAGUCAAAGUUCCGGUGACAGUCACAGUCGUGGUGGUCAUCGUAGAAGAAGUCAUAGUCAUAGUCAUCGAAGACACAGUAGACAUUCCGAUUGCGAGUCUGAAUUAUCCAGAGGAUCGGAUACGCGAUCAGGACAUAGGAAACAUCGUAGAAAGCACAGGAGUUCUCGUUCUUCUAGACACGAAUUGGUAGAUUCAGAGCCUCAGUGGAGAGAAGCGCAAAGGCGUAAAGGUGAAGGCGUACAAAGAGCCAUUGUAAGUCAUACGGAACCUAGAAGAAGGCACAGAAGUAGACACAGGAGUCCUUCCCAAAAGCAACCACUGCCGGAUGAGCUUAGAAAAUGCACAUUUUCCAGACAUUUGGAGUUUGGCCUAGUCGAUACCACUGGAAUGAGCGAACAACAACGUCGAGAGAUUCCUUAUACGGUGGUACAAUCGCAAUCUGUACAGCAAUGUCCCCUACAAUCUAGCAAUUCACGUUUGGACGAUGCAGAAACAUCGUCCCUGCCUAGAACGGUCGGAUCGCUCGGGAAAAGAGACAGAAGAGUGAUUCAACAUAUUCGCGAUGGAAGUUAUAAUUUUCCAACUACGAGAUCCAGUCAAAUAGAGACAAAGUAUCCAGUAGAGUAUCCAGAUGCUAGGAACGAGUAUAAUGUGAGGAGGGACUUUUAUUAUACCCGUAACAACAGAAUAUUAAUAGGAAGUAACGUGGACAGCGGUCUCGGGGAAAGCACACCUCAAGAAUUUUCCAGCUGCUGCUCAAGUUCUGCCGACAGCACCAAGCCCACUACUACUCGUGUAACGCAAUUGCAAUUAGGGGGAGAGGUGCACUACGAACUAUCUUCGAAUCAAGACAUCUACCCUCCUGUUGACACUACUCUGGACGCUGUUCUUCAGCCAAUUAUAUCAACCUUAACAAGGAGGCAAAGGAGCUACCAGAAAUGAGCAUGAAGCUUUAAAUAAUAAUAAUAAUAAUAAUAAUAAUAAUAAUAAUAAUAAAAUAAUAAUAAU